AGAGAGAGAGGAAUAAGAAUCGACGAAGGCCUGUUAGGAACGGGGAGGAGAAAGAAACGUGAAAUGGCGAGGAGACGACAGCGAGAGAUCCCGCCUUGCUCCAAGACGUACGGCUUCCCCAUCUACUGCGCCGCUUGGGUCCCUAUCGACCGGAUCUCAUCCGCCGCCGCCGAGGAAGAGGCCGCCGGGAAGAAGAAGGAAGGAGGAGGCGAGGCUGCAGCCGUGGAGGAGACCGCCGAGAAGAAGGAACAAGGAGGAGGAGGAGGCGAGGUGGCGGUGGCCGAGGAGGAGGCCGCGGAGAAGAAGGAACAGGAAGGAGGCCAGUCGUUCCACACGCUCGAUCCCAAUUGGCUCCUGGUGGCGCUGGGGGGAGGCGGCGGCGAAGGACGGAGCGGGGUUCCCAAUGUCCUCCUGAUUGCCGAGUUCGACUUGAUCUCGCGAUCUCUCUCCGACACGCCGGUUUUCAGGUUGGGAACCGAUGCCGAUGUGCCUUAUAGGAUGGCGGUGCACCCUGGAGGAGACGGCGUUGUCUGCGCGUUUCCAAAGAGUUGCAGAUGGUUUGACUGGGACGUUCCAGAGAGCAAGAAAACCUAUAAACUGGCCUUGAAAUCUUCUGCAAAGAUAUUGACACCAUUAGAAGAUGUUGGGCUGCAGUUAGCAUUGGCCUUUGAUGCUGAAGGUUCUAUACUUGCAACUGGUGGUGAGGAUGGGCAUUUGAGGGUCUUCAAGUGGCCAAGCAUGGAAAUUAUUCUGGAUCAAACUGAUGCUCAUACAACCGUGAAGGAUCUGGAUUUUAGCUCAAAUGGUAAGUUUCUCGUGUCAUUGGGCAACAGUGGCCCAUGCAGAGUUUGGGAUUUGACAUCAUCAACAGCUAUAGCCAGUCUGCCAAGGGAAAUUGGUGAAAUUUUUGGCUUCUGCAGAUUCUCUCAGACCAGGGCUGAUAAUCCAGUUUUAUAUGUUACUGCAAUGCACGGUAACCAAGCAAAGCUAGUGUCUUGGGAUUCCCUUUCAUGGAAGAGGGUUGGAGAAAGAAAGAUAGGUCGUGAUCCAAUUUCCGCAUUCAACGUAUCCAUGGAUGGUAAACAUCUUGCUGCUGGGACUGUUGAAGGGGAUAUUACUAUAUUGAGCUCGUUGGAUAUGCGGGUGCAGAUGACGGUUAAAAAGGCACACCUUGGCAUCGUGACUGCAUUGGCUUUCACACAAGAUUCAAGGGCACUGGUUUCUACAUCCUUCGAUUCAAAUGCACGAGUCACAGUAAUCGAGAGCCAAAAAAGUAGCGGGCCCAACCUGUGGCUUUUCGUGCUGGUGAUCAUGCUGGCCGUUCUGGUCUAUUACUUGAGGUUUACGGGAGUCUUCUAAAGGGGUGCACUUCGGGCUGCUUUUUGAUCGCGGAUACGUUUUUGUCGGACAAGGGACCGUUUCGAUUGAAUAAUAUGUUCAGGGAUGCUUUUGCACGCCAAAUGGAAUGAAUGCACCGACAGAAUGACCAACUAUUUUCAGCUCUGGAUUCAAGAAGAA